AUGAGCUACGUCGCCAAGGACAAGGAUGUCGAUGCUUCGGCCCCUGCUGCCAAGAUCCACAAGAUCCGCAUCACCCUCACUUCCCGCAACGUCAAGAACCUCGAGAAGGUCUGCUCUGACCUUGUGAACCGAUCCAAGGACAAGCAACUCCGCGUCAAGGGUCCCGUUCGUCUCCCCACCAAGGUUCUUUCGCACACCACCCGAAAGUCCCCCUGUGGUGAGGGUUCCAAGACCUGGGACCACUUCGAGAUGCGCAUCCACAAGCGUCUCAUCGACCUUCACUCCCCCUCUGAGAUCGUCAAGCAGAUCACCUCGAUCUCCCUUGAGCCCGGAGUUGAGGUGGAGGUUACCAUCCUCUCCUCCAACUAA